GUGGCAGUCGACAUGGAAUUUGCCAAAAACAUGUAUGAGCUGCACAAGAAGGUGUCUCCUAGUGAGAUCAUCCUGGGCUGGUAUGCGACAGGUCACGACAUCACAGAACACUCUGUCCUGAUCCACGAGUAUUACAGCCGGGAAGCGCACAAUCCGAUCCACCUCACUGUGGACACGAGUCUCCAGAACUCACGCAUGAGCAUUAAAGCCUACGUCAGUGCCCCAAUGGGAGUCCCUGGUAAAACUAUGGGCGUGAUGUUCACACCUCUAACAGUGAAAUAUGUUUAUUAUGAUACAGAGCGGAUAGGAGUGGAUCUUAUCAUGAAGACCUGUUUUAGCCCUAAUCGAGUGAUUGGCUUGUCCAGUGACUUACAGCAGGUGGGGUCUGCAUCAGCCAGGAUUCAGGACACCCUGACCAUGGUGCUGCAGUAUGCAGAGGAUGUAUUGUCUGGCAAAGUGGCUGCCGACAACACUGUCGGGCGUUUCCUGAUGGAUCUUAUUAACCAAGUGCCAAAGAUUUCACCAGAGGACUUUGAGACAAUGUUGAACAGCAAUAUCAAUGACCUACUGAUGGUAACCUACUUGGCAAACCUCACACAGUCACAAAUUGCUCUCAAUGAAAAACUCCUGAGUUUAUAAAGAAACUUCUGCCACCCUGCAUUUCCGAGAGCGUGAAGAAUGAGCAGAUACACUUUUCUAUGGUGGUGUUACAAAUUUCCUUGGACCGUAAUUUAAUUACGUAGAUGACUUGGUUUACAUCUUUGUUUCCAUUGCCCUGAAAAAUCCUUCACGUGGCUUAGGAAAUGAAUGGGAAUGGCUCAGUAUUUCAAAAUGGAAUACGUGAAUCUUUUGUCUCCUGGGUUUAUCUACUUGUAUAACAAAAUACAGCUUUAUUGUAAGAAGGUAUUUGAAAUAAAGUUCCGUUGCAAUGGCAA